AUGGCCAUGGAUCCAAGCGCCGCAGCGCAGGCGGAGGACGCGGCGCGCCGGAUCGAGGAGGCGGAGGCCUUCUUCCGCGCCGCGCCGCCGCUCCGCGACCGCGACCGCCUCGCCGCCAGCCUCGCCGAUUUCGUCGCCCGCCACGCCGCCGGCAACCGCGGAGUGGUGUGCAUCACCUCCGGCGGCACUACGGUGCCCCUGGAGCAGCGGUGCGUGCGCUUCAUCGACAAUUUUAGCUCCGGCCAGCGCGGUGCCGCCUCCACCGAGUAUUUUCUCAAGGCCGGCUACCCUGUCAUCUUCAUCCAUCGCCGUGGGAGCAAGCAGCCUUACUGUAGGUUUCUUCCAGAGGAUUCCUUUCUCGAUCUUUUUGAGCUUGGUGAAGACUCGGAGAUCCAAGUUCCACAGUCUCAUUCCUCGGUGGUCAAGGCAGCAAUUAGCAAUUACCGGAAGGCAAUCGAUGAAGGCCUUCUUCUCAAACUCCCUUUCACAACGAUUUUUGAGUACCUUCAGUUACUACAAAUGGUAGCUACUUCUAUGAAUUGCUUGGGGCACCGUGGAAUGUUUUAUCUUGCUGCUGCAGUUUCUGACUUCUAUGUUCCAUGGGAAAGUAUGGCUAAACAUAAAAUUCAGUCAGCAGGUGGCCCUUUGAACAUGCAACUCAAUCAAGCCCCUAAGAUGCUUUUCAUCCUCCGGAAAAAAUGGGCUCCUUCUGCAUUUUGUGUAUCCUUCAAGCUCGAAACAGAUCCUAAUAUUCUCCUACAGAAGGCAGAAAUGGCUUUGAAAAAGUACGGUAUGAAUGUCGUGGUGGCAAAUGAACUCGCAAACUACAAAGAUGUUGUAGUGAUGGUCACAAGCAGCGGGAGGACGACCGUGAGCAGGAGCAGCAAGGAGGAAGACCUGGAAGUGCAGCUAACCGACCUUCUGGUGAAGAUGCACUCGGAGCACAUUGCACAGCCCAAUUCGUAG